AUGUAUUUCAUAAACUCAUACUUACCAUAUCCCUCGCUAAUUGCAAAUAUGUUCAUAUUUUAUUUAAUAAGCAGUGCAAAUUAUGAUGUUUUUACUAAGUAUCUUAAAACUGGAAAGAUUGAUUGCAAGUAAUAAUCUUCAAUGCUGCUUUCUUAUUUAGUUUGCUCUUGGGCUUGUUUUACUAUAGUUUUAAAUUGUCCUCCUCUCUACAUAUACAAUCAUAUAUAUCAGUUCAUCACUUUUGCGCUCUGGUUCUUGGUUUAUAAUUUCUAACAAAAUAAACUAUCUGCAGUUAUUUUUAAUAUAUUCGGAUUUGCUGCUUUGAUAUUUGUUCUCUUGUAAUUUCAUCAUUUCUAUGUAGGAGUAUUUUCUAGCAUUUUAAAUGUCAUCUAUGUUUUAAGAUCUUAUUUGCAGUUUAAAAGAACUAUUGAGGAUUAGAAAACUAGACCACCACCUACAUUUAACAGAUUACUUGGAAUUUUCCAUAUAGUUGGAUUCUUCUUCAAUGCUAUUCAAAACAUUGAAGGAGAUAUCUUACACUUUCCUUUCUUAUAAGCAUGUGUUUAAUUUGGAGCAAUAAUUGCUUAAGAAAUGUUAGUGUCUUAAUAUAAUCUCUAUUCUGAUUCUAAAUAAAAGGUUGAUUAAGAGAAAAAAAAGAAAGAAUAAUGA